UUCCACUCCAGUUCCACUUAGGGUUUCUUUCAUAUCUCUCUCUCUCUCAAUUGUUGCAAUGGCAGGACCUGCUUUGUUAUUUGUAAAGCAACUUGGUGAAGGUUCCUUUGGUUCGGUCAGUCUCUAUCAAGGCCUUCGCUACGACGGCACUGUGGCUUCCGUCGCGGUCAAAACCUCCGACCGUCAACACGCGGAGUCUCUCUUCAGAGAGGUUCAAAUCUUGUCUGAGUUCAAAGGGUGUACGAGAAUCGUCCAGUGCUACGACACCAGAGUGAAAGCAAGUCUCAACCAACUUAAUGGUCGCGUGGAGUACAAGAUUCCCUUGGAAUACGCUCCUGGAGGAAGCCUGAGUAGUUUCAUCAACAAAUUCAAAGACGAUAAACUUCCUGAUCCUAUGAUCAGAGACUUCACACGUAUGCUUCUCGAAGGCUUAGCCACCAUCCACGCACACGGGUACGUUCACUGCGAUCUCAAACCGGAGAACAUCCUCGUUUUCCCUAGCUACGUCAACAACAACGGCGUGUGGAGAUCUUCCUUCCAAUUGAAGAUAUCUGAUUUCGGCUUGUCGAGAAGGGAAGGAGACAGCAGCUGGUGGGAACCUAGUCGUCCCUUUGCUGGAACAUCGAUCUACAUGUCUCCGAACUCGGUUUCUUACGGUGAGACAGAGAAAGACCUAGACUUGUGGUCGUUAGGGUGCUGUGUGCUUGAGAUGUACACUGGGAAGAGACCUUGGUGGCAUAAGAACUAUGAAGCGGAUGAUCUCAUGAAGGACAAAGAGCCACUGAUUUCGAGUGAUCUUCCUUUGGAAGCAAAACUCUUUAUCUUGACUUGCUUUGCGCGGAGAACAAAAGACGCGUCGAGAUUGUUGAAGCAUGUCUUCGUGGGUGGAGACGGCAGGAAGAAGAACACACAGCCUUCUCAUGUGAGUGAUAAAUUUGAUCUUCAACUGGCUAACUUUAUUAGAAACAAUGUUUCUAAAACCCAAAGCAUUCGUGUACCUCCUGCUGCUACUCAAGUCAUGCCUCACAAGACCAUCAUGGCCUAGUUUUGCUCCUGUUCCACUUUUUCAUGUCAUCUUUUUUAAUCAGUAGUAAAUUACGUUUUUAUAUAGAUUUAGUAGAGAACUUACGUUACACUGCAUCUUUUCUUCUAUUUCUUCUUAUAUCGUUUAUCUUUUUACAACAACACAAAGAUUACAGAACACCCUGAACAGAGUAAUUUUCACAAGAUUGUGAGUAAUCUUAAGUAGCAUACA